AUGGCACGGACUAUGGAUAGAAAUGAGCUUUAUAAAGAACCACAAUCGUUUGCUAUUGGAUCAUAUACAUUUACAAACUGUCAGCUAAUAGGAAAAGGAACAUAUGGUACUGUCUACAAAGCAUACGAUAUUCAACAACGGACAUAUUUUGCGAUAAAGUAUUGUUUUGCAGGAUGCAAGAAAAUAUAUAUGAUAUUCGAGCAUAUUGAUUACGAUUUGAAAAUGCUUAUUGAAAAGUUGCAGCCCAAACCUUUACCAAUGCUUUACGUCAAAAGUUUCUUGUGGCAACUACUGCGUGCUCUUACUCUCUGUCAUACAAAUCGUGUAUUACAUCGCGACUUAAAACCACAGAACAUUUUAGUGGCUGCAAAUGGUACAGUAAAAAUUGCUGAUUUUGGUCUUGCACGUUCCUUCACAAUACCUUCUAGAUGUUAUACGCAUGAAAUAGUAACUUUAUGGUAUCGUGCACCCGAAAUUUUACUUCGUUCAAGAUUUUAUUCAACAGCAGUCGAUAUAUGGAGUUUGGCUUGUAUUUUUGCUGAGUUAGUUACCUCCAAACCGCUCUUUCAUGCAGAUUCUGAAAUCGGUCAACUGCUUCAAAUAUUUCAAAUUCUAGGAACUCCUACUCUGGAAAUUUGGCCUGACUUCAUAGAUUGUGUUGAUUACAAUGAUAAUUUCCCGAAAUGGACAGAAUGCCUUUUAGCAGAACACGUACCAGGUCUGGAUAGUGACGGCUUAGAUUUACUCGCGCAAAUGCUGCUAUAUCCACCUGAAGAAAGGAUCACUUCAAAAGCUGCACUCAGUCAUCGUUUCUUGGGAGAUGUACCAAUACAUAUUGAACCGGUUGCGACGUUAUUUGGUUCAGAUAAUGAAUAA